AGGUUUUUAGCAUUACAAUCUAAGUGGCAACUCCAAAUUUCUAUGGAAGUGGCUUUCUAAAUCAAGAGCAUCCUAUCUGGUGCUGAUAGGUGUAAUCAUGUUUUCCAUCUUUUUCAUUGUUUCUCUCUCACCCACAUCUCUCUUCUGCAUUAGAUGUGUAAUUAUUUGAUUGAGGCGGCAAAUCUUAUGUGGAGAUAUUCAUUGUUGAAUUGGCAUAAAAUUUGAAGCUUUCUUGUCAUGAACUUGCAAAGUUCAGCUUUGUCCGUUGCUCUUAAAUGUACCUGAAAUGGCCUGCAAUUGAAAUCUUAAAUAAAAUCCUUCAAACAUGUUGAGUGAAUUGUGGAUUAAUUGUUCAGAUUAAUGUCUGGAGGAGAAGGUGAGAGGACUAAAGUCCAUCACUUGCUGCUGCUAGGAGAAUUGCAUAUGGCUUUGGAUAUGCAGACUUCUGAUCUCCUUUGGACUAAUAGCAGCCCUUUUUCCUUCCUUUAUGUUUCUUGAUUGUUCAUGAAGGCAUCAGUUUUUAUCACUGAUGUCAUCUAUGCCGGAUUGAAAUUGACACUACAAAGAAGGGAGAGCAGAUCCAGACUCUUCUCAGCCAUGAGUCUGGCAGUUCCUUCCCUAGCUUAUUCAACUGAUGAAGACUAUCCACAAAAAGAAGAUAAAUUGCAUCAUAAAGAUCAUACACCAGAAUUCAGAACCAUGUCUUCUGAAAAUGCAGAAUACGAUGAACUGUCUAAAGAGACUGGUAAUACCAAUGAAGCAACUAAAGAUGAGCUUUCAGUUUACCAAUAUCCAAAUACCACAAGCAAAGAGAUGAAAAGAGCUAAAUCAGAACUUAGAAAGCGUGGAUGGCAUCUGGGCCCUGGAAAUGGCUACAAAAUUUCCCUGAAGCGGCAUAACAUUGAUCGGAUCCUGAAGGAUGUAUAUGAGGAAUAUUCUGAUGCUGCACCUUCUCUAUAUAUCUUCAGAUGGUCCGAGCAUUUCACUGGAUCCAAGCAUACUGUCCGAACAAUUUGUACCAUGUCACAUAUUUUGAUUGCUGGCAACAUGAACCAUAGAGCGGUAGAUCUUAUUCAAAGCCUUGUGAGACUAAAUGGUGGAGAAGUUUUAUGGGCCAAUUUGUUACUUAAUGUUUUGCAAGAAACUCAUAUAAACAGAAGGACGCUUAUUACUUCAUGUAGCAUGCUUGUUAAUUGCUAUAUAAAGGAGAGAAUGGAACAUAUCGCUCUAAAGUUAAUCCACCCAAUGGAACAACUUAACAUUCAUCCUUCAUUGGCCGUCUGUAAUUCUCUUCUAACAACACUGCUAGGAAGUGAUCUGUUGGAUCAAGCUUGGGAUUUUGUGGAAUAUAUGCAUAGGUGUGGCUUAGGUGCGAAUAUUUCAACUUAUAGUUUAUUCAUCCAUAAAUAUUUCUCCAAAGGUGAUCUUCAAGCUGGUUUCAAAUUUCUAAUGGAAAUUCAACGUUUUGGGAUUAAUCUAGAUAUUGUUGCGUACACAACAGUCAUUGAUUACCUUUGCAAAAUGAAUUGUCGGAAGGAAGCUACGCUGUUAUUACUCAAGAUAAUUCAUAUGGGAGUUUCUCCGGAUUCAGUUUCGGUAAGUUUGCUCUUGGACUCUUUUUGCAAAGUGGGUGAAUUGGAGAAAGUGGCUCGAGUUUUGACUAUGUUUAAUUUGUCUCCCAACAUUUUUAUCUAUAAUAGCUUUAUAACCAGGUUGUGUGUUCAAGGGAAGAUGAAAACAGCCACUAAUGUUUUUAAUGACAUGAUAAGGUUAGGCUUCCUCCCUGACUGUGUCAGUUACACGACAAUGAUUGGGGGAUUUUGCAAAAUCGGGAAAACAGAUAUCGCACUUAAGCUUUUAGGGAUUAUGUUCAAGAGUGGGACUGAACCGUCUGUUACUACCUACACUGUAUUGAUUAACGGAUUCUGUAAAUAUGGUGAUAUUAAAACGGCUGAAUUGUUCUUCUGUAAGAUGGUAAGUCUAGGUUUCGAACCCGACGUGGUUACCUAUAAUGUCUUGAUGGAUGGCUUUGGAAAGGAAGGAUUUGUGCGGAAAGUUCUUCAAGUCUAUCAUAUGAUGAAAAGUGCUGGCGUAUCUCCCGACAUCGUGACGUAUAAUACUAUGAUUCACUGUUUACUUAUUCAAGGAUUUGAAAAGGAGGCUAUGUUGAUUUUAGACGAAGUUUUUAUUAGAGGAAUUUCUCCCGACGUGGUUUUAUUCACUAAUUUAAUAAAUGAUUUCUGUUGCAAGGGGGAUAUUGAUCAAGCAUUGGUUCAUUGGUCUUCUAUGAUUGAUUGGGGAAUAAAACCUGAUAUUAUUGUGUGCAGUGCUCUUUUACGGGGUUAUUGCAAUGCACGCCGAAUGGAAGAAGCUAAGUUUUAUUUUCAAAAGAUGCUUGGUUUUGGUAUUGUUCCAGAUUUAGGAUUGUACAAUACACUCAUAAAUGGAUUUUGUCAUGCUGGAAGCACUGAUGAUGCUUGGCAAUUGGUGAGUGAGAUGAUUGUGAAUGGAGUGAUGCCAAAUGCAUAUACUUGUCAGAUACUUGGACGUGAUUUUGGGAGAAAAGGUUUUAAUUGCCCUGCUGAUGCUGUGAAUUUUAAACUUCAAGAACUAUUUGAGAAACAUGGUUGAUUCUCGUGAUUCAUUCUGGUUUUGCAAAUUCUGCAUCAGUUGGGCGAGAGCUGGUCUGGUCUGGUCUGGUCUGGUUUGGUUUCUACUAGAUGUUGAUAAAGAGGUUCAUUGACACUACACAAAUGAAAUAUUUAGUUGGCAUGCUUCAUCUUACCUCUAACCAGGAAUCACUGAAAUUUGCGGUCUGGAUCCUGGAUGAGUAGAUCCAUUUGCAUAUCAGCAUGGAGAGUCUCUUGUUGCAAAAUGUUGAUUUAGUGAUUGUACAUGUAUUUAUUCAUUCAGAAAAUAGUUUCUUUUUUUUUAGUUUUGAUUUUAGGAAGUUAGUACGUCUCUUGCUUCAACUUAAAACGUAAUUUGAGACCGAGAAAACUGUGGACAUGUAUUUGUAUAUAUACAGGUUGAUAGUUGAGACA